AUGUCCAUAUCUGAUGGCGAUAUUUGGGAAUCCGACUCUGAGGAAGGUCCCUGCGCCUCUGAACGUGGGGAAAGCGUGGAGAUACGGAAGCUUCAAUCGAUCCACAACAAAAGAGGGUACUUGGACGGAAUCACGUCAGCUAAGGAGGAAAAUCUGCAGCAGGGUUUCGACCACUCGUACCACAUCGGAGCCAAUAUUGGAAGUCGCAUAGGUGUGGUGCUUGGCGGCUUGCAAAUACUUGCAUUUUUGCAUGGGGAUAACAACGAAACACUCAAAAAGGACCUCGCACAGGCUCAGCAAGACCUCAGAAUCAACAAAGUGCUCAGCAAGGAGAACUUUGAUAACAACUGCACUAUGGUGAAAACAGAAAACCCAGUAAGCUACUGGGAGGAGACUUUGGCACAGCACCAAAAAGAGUAUAUAAAAACGGGAAUUGAAGAGCCAUAG